GACGACGCAAGUCUGUGGCAUAUAGUAACUGAUCUGCCUAUAUAGAUUUUCUUUCUGUCAUCUCUUUAUAGUUUUCCAAAGAAUUAACUACAACUCUUAUAUGACUAUAUAUAAAUCUAGGUCAAAGCAAGGGCGUGUAUGAUCGGAAAACGAUGGAGAUGGGCACGGUUCUGGGUGCCAUGGAGGAGUACACCUUCACCUUCCUGGCCAUGGCCGUGGGGUUCCUAGUGCUUGUGUAUCUGUACGAGCCGUACUGGAAGGUGCGCCACGUGCCCGGGCCCGUGCCGCUGCCGCUCAUCGGCCACCUCCACCUGCUGGCGAAGCACGGCCCAGACGUCUUCCCUGUGCUCGCCAAGAAGCACGGGCCUAUCUUCAGAUUUCACGUGGGAAGGCAGCCAUUGAUCAUCGUGGCCGACGCAGAGCUCUGCAAGGAGGUGGGCAUCAAGAAGUUCAAGAGCAUGCCUAACCGGAGCUUGCCUUCGCCCAUCGCCAAUUCUCCCAUACAUCGGAAAGGCCUCUUCGCUACAAGGGAUUCGAGGUGGUCGGCGAUGCGAAACGUUAUCGUCUCGAUCUACCAGCCGUCGCACCUCGCCGGGCUGAUGCCGACCAUGGAGUCGUGCAUCGAGCGCGCUGCGACGACGAACCUCGGCGAUGGCGAGGAGGUCGUCUUCUCCAAGCUGGCGCUGAGCCUCGCCACCGACAUCAUCGGGCAAGCGGCGUUCGGCACAGACUUUGGCCUCUCGGGAAAGCCGGUGGUGCCUGACGAUGACAUGAAGGGUGUCGACGUCGUCGUCGGAGAUGCAGCGAAGGCGAAGGCGUCAUCAUCGGAAUUCAUAAACAUGCACAUCCACUCGACCACGUCGCUCAAGAUGGACCUGUCGGGGUCGCUCUCCACCAUCGUUGGCGCGCUCGUGCCCUUCCUGCAGAAUCCGCUGCGGCAGGUGCUCUUGAGGGUCCCCGGCUCCGCCGACCGGGAGAUCAACCGUGUGAACGGCGAGCUCCGUAGGAUGGUGGACGGCAUCGUCGCCGCCCGCGCAGCGGAGAGGGAGCGUGCGCCGGCGGCGACAGCAGCACAGCAGCACAAGGACUUCCUCUCCGUGGUGCUGGCGGCGAGGGAGAGCGACGCGUCCACGCGGGAGCUGCUCUCGCCGGACUACUUGAGCGCGUUGACCUACGAGCACCUCAUCGCUGGGCCGGCGACCGCGGCGUUCACGCUGUCCUCCGUGGUCUACCUCGUCGCCAAGCACCCGGAAGUGGAGGAGAAGCUGCUUAGGGAGAUGGACGCGUUCGGCCCUCGCGGCAGUGUGCCCACGGCGGAUGAUCUUCAGACCAAGUUCCCCUACCUCGAUCAGGUGGUGAAGGAGUCGAUGAGGCUGUUCAUGGUGUCGCCAUUGGUGGCGCGAGAGACCUCCGAGCGAGUGGAGAUCGGUGGCUAUGUGCUUCCAAAGGGCGCAUGGGUGUGGAUGGCACCAGGGGUCCUCGCCAAGGACGCCCACAACUUCCCGGACCCGGAGCUGUUCCGACCAGAGCGGUUCGACCCAGCCGGCGACGAGCAAAAGAAGCGUCACCCAUACGCGUUCAUCCCUUUUGGAAUCGGCCCCAGGGUUUGCAUCGGCCAGAAGUUCGCCAUCCAGGAGAUCAAGCUCGCGAUAAUCCACCUCUAUCAGCACUAUGUGUUCCGGCAUUCUCCCAGCAUGGAGUCCCCUCUAGAGUUUCAGUUUGGGAUUGUGGUCAACUUCAAGCAUGGUGUCAAGCUUCACGUCAUCAAGAGGCAUGUGGAAAAUAAUUAAUUACUUUGGAUGGACUGCUUUUAUUAAGAGGAAGAUGAUUAAUCAUUUUCUUCUCUCUCGCAAAAGGCUUGUGUGUGUGUGUGUUUGUAUUAAGGUAGAGAAAAAAAUAUAACACACCUUAACAACGUCUUAGGAGGUAAUAAAUUUUUGUACAUAAACGCUCAGAAUAUUCUUAGUGUUUUGUAAACUAUACUGUUAUAUUGAACAAUGAUCAAUCUAAA